AUAAUUACUUUUGAAAAAUGUUAGUAACAUUGUUAAAAGUUUUUUGUUUGUUUGAAGUUAUUUUGGCUCAUAGACAUAGAGAACAUAUUCAACAAAGUGACACUAACACUAUUUAUUCAUCUCAUUAUUACAACAACGGCGACAAACUACCCACACUAGGUAUUCCCAUGCCUGGUUUUCCAUACGGGUAUAGUUUUUCACAAAUAUAUGACCAUCAAACAAUAUCUCUUCGUGGCUUAUCUUGCAACAAUGGCAAAGGAAAAGUAGUCAGAAUUGGAUCUGCCAGUCAGAGAAAUGCCAACUUAGAGAUAUGUUUUAAUGAUAAGGAGUUCAUCACCUACUGGACCAUUCACUUUAUGAAAAAAUUUCCUAAAACAAAAGCAGAAUUUACAUUUAACAAGAACCACUUUGGUGGUGUUAACCUAGAUGACCUAUAUCAGAACUCUAGUUGGAGCAAAGGUCAGUUCACGCCCACCGAAGAUUUUGACACAGCCAUUGAAAAGAAAAUGACUUACUAUUAUAUAAACACGGUUCCUCAAGCACCCGACUUUUAUCAACAAAAGUGGUCAAUUCUGGAAAAUGUUUUACGAGAAAAAGUCAAUCUUUUAAGUACGAAAAUAUUAACUGGUAGUUUAGAAACCUCAGACGAAUUCAUGGGUGAAAUUCCAGUUCCAAAGUAUAUUUUUAAAGUUGUUGUCAAUGAUAACAUUAUAGGGGAAACACCAAAAGCAGUUGCUUUUAUAGGUCUCAAUAGAAAAAUACCAGAAGGAAAUAAAGACGAUGAAAAAAAAGAUGGUGAUGCAGAUGAGAAAGAAGGUGGUGAUCAAAACGAUGAAGAUGAUAGUAAUAAUGAUGAUGAAAAUGGAAAAGGUUGUAAUGACGGAAAUAAUGAAGCAGGCUGUGCCGAUCACAGCGAUGAAAAAGAAGAAGGUGAAAAGUGUACCGAUAAAGAUAAUGACAAAGAAGGUAAUGAGGACGAGGAUGAUAAUAAAGAAGUUGAUCAGGAUGGUGAAAUAGAUAGUGACGAAAAUGAAAACAACACUAGUAGCGAAGAGAGUGGGGAUAACGAUAAAAAUGAUCAAGAACAAGAAGAUGGAGAUUCUGAUAACACUAAAAAUGACGAAGAUGAUGACUAUGAAGAAGGAGAGAAGGACGAAAGUGAUAAAGAUAACAAUGAUCAGAAUGAAGAAGAGAGAGAUGAGAAUGAAAAUGAUAUUGAUGACGACUUAAACAAAGAUGAUGGCUUAGAAGAGGAAGAAAAGGACGAAAACGCUGAAGAAAAUGAAGAAGAACAAGAAAAUGAUGAAAAAGAAGAAGAGAGAGAUGAGAAUGAAAAUGAUACUGAUGACGACUUAAACAACGAUGAUGGCUUAGAAGUGGUAGAAAAGAACGAAAACGCUGAAGAAAAUGAAGAAAAACAAGAAAAUGAAAAAGAAGAAGAGAGAGAUGAGAAUGAAAAUGAUACUGAUGACGACUUAAACAACGAUGAUGGCUUAGAAGAGGUAGAAAAGGACGAAAACGAUGAAGAAAAUGAAGAAGAACAAGAAAAUGAUCAAAAAGAAGAAGAGAGAGAUGAGGAUGAAAAUGAUACUGAUGACGACUUAAACAAAGAUGAUGGCUUAGAAGAAAAAGAAAAGGACGAAAACGAUGAAGAGAAUAAAGAAGAACAAAAAAAUGAUCAAAAACAAGAAGAGAGAGAUGAGGAUAAAAACGAUACUAAUGACGACUUAAACAAAGAUGAUGGCUUUGAAGAAGAAAAGAAGGACGAAGACGAUGAAGAAAACGAUGAUAAGAAUGAAGAAGAACAAGAAAAUGAUCAAAAAGGAGAAGAGAUAGAUGAAAACAAUAAUGAUCAAAACGAUAAAGAAGACGGUAAACAAAAUGUAAAGGAAGAAAAAAUAGAACAAAAAAAUUAUGAUAAUCAAGACAACACAGAACAACCAGGCCUGGAAGAUGAAGAAACUAGCAACCAAGAGCAAGACGGUGAAGACGAUUUAGAUAAAAAAAAUAAUUACAAAAGAAGCAAAAAUAAUCAAAAGAGUCAAAAUGUAAAAAAGAGUCACAAGGAAAAUGAGAAUAAAAAAUUAAAAACUGAGGAGAAGAGCAUUAAGCAAGAGAAGAAACAAAAUAAAGAACACGUAAAACCUAAUGGAAAAAUUAUUCCGAAGAAAUCAACAUUUUCUAUAAAAUACGAAGAAAUUGAAGAAGAAGAUGGAGAUGAAGAAAACAACAAUAAAGGUGAAGAUAAAGAAUUGGCGACAUUUUUACGUCUGUGCAAGAGUCAAUGUCAACAUUUAAAUUUAUUUAAUGAAGAACAAUUAGCAAGUAUAGAAAAUUCUAUUAUUUGCUGCAAAUUUGAUGAAUUUUUAGAAAUCGCAACCACGAACCAAAUUUAUUUGCCUAUAAUUAAUAAAAAUUACGAUUUGUUGACUUUUUCUUUUGAAUAAACUGUAAUAAAACACUG